GAAGUGAAGGACGAGGAGGAGAGGCUCGGGGUGGGUUGGAAGCUUGUACAGUGAAGGAAACGUACCCAGAAACCAUUAGUCUGUGUGGAUGGAUAGAAAGAAAGGAGGUUGAUGCAUACGUGUGUAGUGAUAUAGCGAGAGUUACGAACAUUGCAGACUCCUUUUGUUGUUAUAGAUGUUAUGCUUGUCUAUAGUGAAGGAAACUUCCCUCCGACGGAUGUUGUGUUAGAUUCCGUAUUAGAAAACGAAGGUAAAGAUGCGUGACAACUGAUAUAACAAGAAGUACGUCACAGUGAAGGAAACUUACCCUGAAAAUAUAGCUGUGUGAAGACUGAGGCUUGUUUAAGGAAGGAAAGUUACCCUAGACCAUUACUAUGUGAGGAUUAGUAUAAGAAAAGAAGGCUAAGGUAUACGUGAGAAGUGAUGGAACAAGAAUUACGUCAUAGUGAAGGAAACUUCCUCUGAAAAUGCAGUUGUGUAAAGGUUGAGGCUUGCCUAGGAAAGGAACCCCAACCGGACCUAAACCGGACCCCAACCGGAAUUUCCUCUUAUAGAAAGGAUACAGCUCAAGGGCAUACAAAAAGCAGGAAACAAGACAACUGAGGAUGCUUCUAAACUGACCUCAGGAAUCUUUAUUAGCCUUUAAGACUAUAAGGUACAGUGGGAUGCUUGUAAACUAGCCCCAGGAAUCCUCAUUUGCAAGCACCGUUACUCUGGGCCUUUAAAAUCUCUAAGGUACAGUGGGAUGCUUAUGAACUGGCCCCAGGAAUCUUCAUUUACAAGCACCGUCACUCUGGGCAUUUAAAUAUCUAAGGUACAGUGGGAUGCUUAUGAACUAGCCCCAGGAGUCUUCAUUUGCAAGCACCGUUAUUCUGGGGCUUUAAUUAUCUAAGGGACGGUUUUAAGUUGCGUGUGUGAGUGAUAGGAGUAUCUGGCUAUAGCUGAGGCAUGGCGGGCGUAGCUGCUGUGGUCUUGGCUGUUCUGGGUUUGCUGGCAGCCGUCCACAGCCAGCAGGAGACUCGCUUCGAAGACCCAACCACAGAAUUCUACGUCCGGCUCCUGAAGACCCUCAUAGCCAACUCGACACAGAGCCUCCAGGGCGCCCUCACUCGCCUGGAGGAUAAGUCUGCGAAGGAGGAGACCAUGACGGAGCUGCAGGACUCGAUCAGGGACGUGAAGGACUCCGUUAGCAGCCUGGAGAGUAGUUUUAAGAAGAUCCGGAACAGCGUGGACAAUGGUGUGGACAGGACGCGCGUGGAGAUGAGAAUGUUAAGUGACCGCGUGUCGAAGGAGCUGGCGGACCUGAAGCGACUGGUGGAGGACAAGAGCAAGGAGGCGAGCAGACAGAUGGCGGAGCUGCUGGCAACCGACUGUGAGGACCUGUACGAGCUGGGCCUCAACGCUACGGGGGUGUACUACCUGCCGAGGCAUGGGCGCGACGUGCUGUGUGAGAUGGAGGGAGGCGACGGCGGGUGGAUGGUGGUGCAGAGGCGGGCGAAGGUGGAGAGCCAGGUUGACUUCGACGUCGGCUGGGAUGAGUACAAGAAGGGUUUCGGGGACGUGGAGACGGAGUUCUGGAUCGGCAAUGACUUCCUGCACGUCCUCACCAACCAGAAGACUUACCAGCUGCGCAUCGACUUCCGAGACUACGAGAAGGGACCGUACUGGGCUGCCUACAGCACCUUCAGGGUAGGGAACGAGGCCUCAGACUACGCCCUCUACCUCGGGGACUUCACGGGCAACACAACGGACGCCUUCUCCUACCACCACGGCCGCUCCUUCUCCACUAAGGACCGUGACAACGACCUCUUCUCCUCCGGGAACUGCGCCAGCCAAUUCACAGGUGGUUGGUGGUACGACAGGUGCUACGACGCUCACCUGAACGGCUUCUUCCCCGUCGUUCCUGACCGCCAGAACGCCACCUUCCUCACCUGGUGGACGCACGAGGGCCAGAAGAGGGUGCCGCUGGUUCUGGACAAAGUCACCAUGAGGAUAAAGCCGACGAAAGUAUAAGGAGAGAGAGAACGGAACUAAGGAACGCCAUCACAUGUCCUUUCUGGGGCCUUAUAGAGGUGGUAAUUGAGGGUGCUCGGUAUGUGUGAGAGAGAGAGAGAGAGAGAGAGAGAGAGAGAGAGUACAUUAUAAUUUAGGUAUAUAUGAUCAUUAUUGACAAAGGUACAAGCUAACUAAUUAAUAUACAAAGCUAACGCGAUUUACCUGCAAUUACUACUACUACUACUACUACUACUACUACUACUACUACUACUACUAUUACUACUGUCAUCACCAUCUUCCUAUUUCCCAAGCCGUCAUUAUGUCACUCUCUAUCUAUCUAGUGUCCUGUCCUUCUCUUCGGCUAAUGGCCUUAUCAAGCAGCUCCAGGCACUCGGGCAUUCCCUCUCUCCCUUACGCCACUCCUUCCUCCUGUUUGAUCACCGCUGAGUAGAUUUGUUUUCCCUCUCUCUCUUUUUCUCUCCCCUCCUCUUAAAAUGUUGACUCUUCCCUUCUAAGGUCUAAUUUUCCUUUCCUUUUUCCUCUUCUUUUGUUUUCCCUUUCAUUCUUUCGUCUUGACUCGUGGUGUUUGCCAAGAAGGUUCAGCGGUUUUGGUUCGGCUUAAAACAUUUCGGAGGAUUUUUUUUUUUUACUCUCUGCAUUGCAUUAUAAACUGAUGUGGACUUUAGCUUUUUUUUUUUUUCUUCGUCCGUAUUUGGUUGAUGGAAAUGAGGGAGUGUUGCUUAAGUUUGAAGAUUCACCAUGACCUUUUGUUGAAGCGGAAUAAGUUUUCUUUUAAAUAUAUCUACACUGCUUUUACGAACGAUAUUUAAUGGUCUCUGUAUAUGGUUUGCCUUUAAUACUUUCAGUGUUAUGCCCUGAUAUGUACGUAAGUUUGUUUGUUUACAGGUGGACGCGUAUAAGGCAAGACGCACACACAUACUCCUUGCCAGAACUUGUAUUAAUCAACACUUUCUGAACUCGUAUCGUCAUUAUUUUCUUCCUCUAAAAACUUCUCUUAACGCGUAUGUACCUUUCUCUGUUUCUAGGUGGACGCGUAUAAGACAAGAAUCACACACAUACUCCUUGUUAAAAUUUGUAUUAAUCAACAUUUUCUGAACUCGUAUCGUCAUUAUUUUCUUUCUCUAAAAAAUUCUCUUAACGCGUAUGUACCUUUCUCUGUUUCAAGGUGGACGCGUAUAAGGCUUGAAUCACACACACAAUCGCGCGCACACACACACACACACACACACCUUUCUAGAACGUACAUUAACUCAACACUAUUCUAAACUACUAUUGUCAUUAUCUUCUUCCUCUCAAAAAUCUAUUACUAACGUCUAUGUACCUUUCUCUGUUUCAAGGUGAACAUUUAUAAGGUAGAAUCACACACAAGUACCUUUCCAGAACUUACAUUAUCUUAACAUUAUUAUAAACUACUAUUUUCAUUAUUUUCUUCCUCUCAGAAAACUAUUACUAACGUCUAUGCACUUUUCUCUGUUUCAAGGUGAACAUUUAUAAGGUCGAAUCACACACAAGUACCUUUCCAGAACUUACAUUAACUUAACACUAUUCUAAGCUACUAUUGUCAUGAUCUUCAUCCUCUCAGAAAAACUAUUACUAACGUCUAUGUACCUUUCUCUCUUUCAAGGUGAACAUUUAUAAGGUCGAAUCACACACAAGUACCUUUCCAGAACUUACAUUAACUUAACACUAUUCUAAGCUACUAUUGUCAUUAUCUUCUUCCUCUCAGAAAAACUAUUACUAACGUCUAUGCACCUUUCUCUGUUUCAAGGUGGACAUUUAUGAGGUAGAAUCACACACAAGUACCUUUCCAGAACUUACAUUAACUUAAACACUAUUCUAAGCUACUCUUUUACACUCUUUUUUACAGGGGCAGUGAUUAGCGGGCUUUUUUCUCUUUUUUAUAUAUACUUUUUUAAUCGUUGAGCUGCUUCCUAUACUGUUAAAAAAUGCCAUUACUUUCUUCCUGUCACAAAACGACUCCAGAUUCUCCCUUCUUUUCUCUAUGCCUUUUAAAUAUCAUAUAAAUCAAUUGUAUAUGUAUUAGUUUAACGCCAAAUGUCAUAAGCAUUCCUAACCAAUACUAUAUAGAAAGUCUCUUGUUUAAAUAUAAGAGUUUUUUUCCUUUAA